AUGGCGACCAAAAGUCAGCGCCGUGUUUUCAAGCACGAUGACCGCGUCAUUUAUGAAUGGGAGCAGUCGAUGGAGGAAGUAAACAUUUAUAUCAAGCCCCCGCCAAGCAUCACAGCGCAACAGAUUCAAUGCGACAUCACCACCAACCAUGUGAUGCUUGGAUUGCGUGGCGUCAAGGACAAAUUUCUUAAUCACGACCUCACGAGCUCUGUAGUUGUUGCUGAGAGCUACUGGAUGCUUGAAUCUGGAGAGCUAAAUAUUAACCUGCAGAAAAUGAAGAAAGGAUUUAUUUGGCCGAGUGUCUUUGUAGGACACGGAGAGAUGGAUGCAAUGCAGCAGGAAGCUACGAAGCAACAGAUGAUGUUGGAGCGCUUUCAGGAGGAGAAUCCAGGUUUUGACUUCUCAAAUGCACAGUUUAAUGGAUCUGCACCAGAUCCGCGCACUUUCAUGGGAGGCGUUAAUAAUAAACCGCUUUUGUUGCUCUCAAUGCCAGGAGUAGAGAAAACAGCAGAUAGAACUCCAAUGAUGCGAGUCACGCGACACAAUCGCAGAGGUGAUCAAAGCAAUUCCAUUCAAACUCGGCAAGGAUCAAAUUUGGGCUCUAGAUCUGCAAAUACUAGCACAGUUGGGUUAACAGGUCCAACUGGUGGACCAAGCAACACAAAAGGAAAAACUAGAGUGUCUGUCAAUAACGCUCGCGGAACGAACAGUAGUAGCAAUAGUGUAGUGCGUUUUAAGACAACUUUUCGUAAUACCAUUUACGACACGCUACUCCGUCGCGGAUGGAAGGAAACAACUGAAAAUGACUGGAACUUUUACUGGGCUGAUCGGGAUUAUAUUUACGAACUCUUGGAUACUGUGCAUCUUGACAGCAGCCAGCGGGUGAAUCAUUAUCGGAAUGGACGAGAGCUGUGUAGGAAAGAUUUGCUAAUAAAAAAUCUAAAGCGUGCAAAACGACAAGCGGAAAAGAAAGCAAAAUCAGAAGAUGUAACAUCAAGCGCGUUCGACUCAGCUUUCGGCUCGUACGAUUUCUUUCCUGCCACUUACAUUUUACCAGGUGAGUACGCUAUUUUUGUGGAAGAGUUCAAACGCAAUCAGGGCGUUUGGAUCAUGAAACCUAUUGGAAAAGCCCAAGGGAAAGGUAUUUUUUUGUUUUCAAAGCUAAAUCAAGUUAGUGAAUGGCGCACCGAUUAUCGGUGGCGACCCGAGAAUCAACAGGUUGAGACGUACGUGGUACAGCGUUACAUCUCCGACCCAUAUCUUGUUGGCGGAAAGAAGUUUGAUCUGCGACUAUAUGCGCUUGUGCCAUCAUUCUCUCCACUUGAAAUUUACCUUUUUCGAGGUGGCUUUGCACGCUUUACAAAUUCGCGCUAUUCGAAUAAUCACAGCGAUAUCGCAAACUCCUUCAUACACCUCACAAACGUUGCUGUGCAGAAAACUUCUGUCAAUUACAAUAAGCAGCAUGGUGGAAAAUGGAACUUACGCAAUCUAAAGCUGUACAUGAUGUCAAAACAUGGUACUGAGCGAAUCGAUAAGCUUUUCUACGAAAUUCAACUCGUGAUUAUCAAAUCUUUGUUGAGCGUUGAAAAGGUUAUCAUAAACGACAAGCACUGUUUUGAGCUAUACGGCUACGACGUCAUGAUAGACGAAAAUCUCAAGCCUUGGUUGUUAGAAGUAAAUGCGUCACCAUCCCUUUCAGCUAAUACGUCAUCAGACUAUCAACUCAAGUGCAAGAUGUUGAAUGAUAUGCUUGAUAUCAUCGACCUUGAGAAUAGGAAACCUGAAGGGGUAGUCCCAGAACAUGUGGGAGGCUUUGAUCUUGUGUACCGUGACGGCAAUAUUACGAAAGCAAAUGAAGGAUGUAUGUACACAACUUUUCUUGGGUCAGAGCUGCCCGCAUCAAGAGCAAGUAUUGCAAGGAGCACUACUUCAUAA